UCUACCUAACUACAUUUUAUAUAUUAGCUUGGACUGUGAUUUUUAAAUCAACCUGCCUGGAUUCAAAACUUGCCACACCAACUUAACAGUGAUAUAACUGUGGAAAAACUACAUACUCCCUCAAUUUCUUCAUUGUAUUCUUUAUACAUAUAUUCUUCAUACAUAUUUACCCAGGAGCUUUAUUUUGAAAAUAAAGCAAGGUAAUCCAUGUAAACUGUUUAUAAAAGUGCCAAUCAUUUUUUUGUCAGUCAUUAUUUUCUGUUACUAUUAGGGGUCUAUCAUCAUUGGGGGAGGUCUCUGGGUGGCAAAAACCUUUUGCACUUGACUGCUAACCGAGAGCAUGGAGGUUCAAAUCCACUCCACAGCUCUGUGAAAGAAACGCCUGGGAAUCUGCAUCCAUAGAGAUUACAGCCAAGAAAACUUCGUGGGGCAGUUCUACUCUAUACAUAUGGGGUCACCACGAGUAAGAAUCAACUCCACAGCAACGAGUUUGGUUUGGUUUUAUUAUCAUUUUGAGGACUCACUGGGUGAUGAAAAUGAUUAAGCAUUUGGCUACUAUUGAAAGAUUGUUGGUUUCUAUCUACCCAAAGGUGCCUCACAUGAAAAGUCUGCCUAUCUACUUCUGAAAAAUCUGAUUCUGAAAAAUCAGCCAUUGAAGACCCCAUGGAGCACAGUUCUACUCUGACACACAUGUGGUUGCCAUGCAUUGGAAUUGACUCAGCUGUGUUUUUGUUUUGUUUUAACUAUCAGUGGUAGAUAAGAGAGGAUCUGAAACUUGCUUCUGCUCAUCUUCUACCUCCUGGGCUUGUUAAUUCAUUCCAGAUGAAAGAAGAUGAAAUAUGGAUGUGACAAACCAAACGACAGUAAGGGAGUUCAUCUUUCUUGGGUUUUCUGCUGUUCCCCAACUGCGGCUCACAUUAUUUGUCGUGUUUCUCAUUGUGUACCUACUUUCCCUUGUGGGAAAUACACUCAUCAUUUUCAUUGUUCUGAUGGACUCCGCACUCCACACACCCAUGUACAUUUUCUUAGGAAAUUUAUCCUUCCUGGAGAUCUGGUAUACCACAGCCACAGUGCCUAAACUGCUGGCUACCUGCCUCUCACAGAUAGUGACCAUCUCCAUUUCUGGGUGUAUAACCCAGUACUACUUCUUUUUCUCCAUGGGGGCUACUGAGUGCAUCCUGCUGGCAGUGAUGGGCUAUGACAGGUACCUGGCAAUAUGCAACCCUCUUCGCUACUCACUCCUCAUGAGUCUUCAGAUUUGCCUGUGGUUUUCAGCUGGAUCUUGGAUUGGGGGCUUCAUUGCCCCACUCCUACCUACCAUACUCAUCUCUUAUCUCAACUUUUGUGGCCCACAGAAGAUUAAUCAUUUCUUCUGUGACUCAGAUCCCAUUUUCAAACUCUCUUGCUCAGAUACAUUCUUUGCAGAAGCCUUGGGCUACACGUGUAGCUCUGUUGUGAUUCUAAGUUCUUUCCUUCUCACUAUGUCCUCCUAUGGGCACAUAGUGCUCACAAUAAUCAGACUGUCUUCCCGGGAGGCUCAGAAGAAAACUUUUUCUACCUGUGCCUCCCACCUCACUGUGGUCUCUAUCUAUUAUUGCACUAUCAUCUUUGCCUACGUUCGCCCUCCAGCCAAGUACAACUUCACCAUCGGUAAAGUGGUGUCAGUAUUCUAUUGUGUGGUCACUCCAUUGGUAAAUCCUUUCAUCUACACACUGAGAAACAAAGACGUGAAGAAAGCUUUCAGGAAAACUCUAGCACGAAAGAGAUUCGUUAGUGGUAAAACUCAUCAUACACAAUUCUAA